AUGGACAACAAGGCUCCUGUGAUGCAAGGUAGCUUUGACUUGUAUGCAGAAGAAUUGAAGACGUUUCUGGUCAAUUUGGAGCUUUGGGGUGUUGUUGAAGAUGCUGCAGCUGUGCGUGCGACUGUGAGUGAUGCACAGUUUUGCAGAAUGAACAAUUUAGCUCGUGGUGCAAUUCUCCGAGGUGUUCCGAAAGCAGACGCUGAGCUCAUUUGUCACGAGCAGAGCGCCCAGGAAAUGUGGACAGCUUUUGUGGACAAGCAGACCAAGAGAGAAUAUGCGAACUAUAUCUUCGCUCGACAGCGACUAGUGGCGAACCCAUUUACUCCUGAUCGAAAUAUGGAUGACUGGCUACGAGAAAUGCAGCUCUUACGUCAUGACCUAGUGCACUAUAAGCGAGGUGUUUCUGAUGAGGAAUUCGCAGAGAUUAUC